AUGUCUUUUGACGCUGAGGAGAAGCAAUGGAAAUGUGUGAAAGGUGGUACAGUGAAUUUUCAGAGAGUGAGUUCGAUAGUUCGCGAUAUUGGGGAGCCGUGCCUCUAUCAGUCACCUAUAAAGAUAAACAAAAUGCUUAAGCCAGAGAAGUGGCAGGCGACCUUUGACUCUGAAGGAAAGAUUCUUGGUUUUCAGAAAGUACUGAAGUUAAUUAUUCUUGGGGGGGUGGAUCCAUCCAUAAGGCCUGAAGUGUGGGAAUUUCUUUUGGGUUGUUAUUCUUUGAGCAGCACUGCUGAAUACCGGAGGCAAUUAAGAACUGCUAGGAGGGAGCGUUACAGAGAUCUUGUGAAGCAAUGUCAAAGGAUGCACUCAAGCAUCGGAACUGGUUCUCUGGCCUAUAUUGUAGGAUCAAAAGUCAUGGACAUGAGGAUUAGUUCCAAAGAAGAUAGGGGAAGGGAUACUGAAGUUCAAAGUGCACGAUUUACAGAUGCCACUUCUGACAAUAUAGAAGCUAACUUCGUUAUGAACCGCAAAUCUUCCGAUAAAUCUUACACAUGUCAAAAGGAGGGUUCUGAUGAUUCUGGUGACCUUGUAUGUGUACGUGACAGUGCCAUGGGAGGAGCUUAUGAUUCCUCUUGUCGCAUACCAUCCCCUGAUCCUUGCAACUACACUUUCCCCACUGCUCAUCAAACUCAUGAGCCAAAUUAUAUGGCUGGAAGUUAUUUGGAUUUUCCCGCUUUACCUUUUAGAGAUUUGUUUGAAGAGAAUAAUGAAGAUACAAAAGUAGAUAGUUUACAUGAGGACAAAAACUCAUCAAAGCGCAAGUUGAGAUAUGAUGAUGAGCAUAUGCACAGUUUUGAAAUUGACAAUAAUGCAGAUCUUGUAGUGGAAUCAGAUAGUCUCCCAACCAAUAGUGUGUCACAAUAUGAUAACCCCAAAAGUGACAUUAUCAAUUCUGACAUGCGUGAAUCCAUUUCCCGGACAAGUAACUUGGAAUAUGGGGCAGAAUUGUUCAAUGGGCUUAGAAUAUCGGAUGCACCAGAAUUGCCAGCCCAAUAUGCGACAACAUCCCAAGGAGGAGGAGCCAGUGAAGACAGAGUGUCUGAAUGGCUUUGGACACUGCAUCGUAUAGUCGUUGAUGUGGUCAGAACGGAUAGUCACCUUGAAUUUUAUGAGGACACAAAAAAUUUAGCACGGAUGUCAGAUAUUCUUGCUGUCUAUGCAUGGGUUGAUCCUGCAACAGGAUAUUGCCAAGGCAUGAGUGAUUUAUUGUCCCCCUUCAUUGUUCUUUUUGAGGAUAAUGCUGAUGCUUUUUGGUGCUUUGAGAUGCUUUUGAGGAGAAUGCGAGAAAACUUCAAGAUGGAAGGGCCAACUGGUGUCAUGAAGCAGUUGCAAGCUCUCUGGCAUAUAUUAGAACUUACAGACAGGGAGAUGUUUUCUCACUUGUCCCACAUAGGUGCCCAGAGCCUUCACUUUGCUUUCCGUAUGCUUCUGGUACUCUUCCGACGGGAAUUAUCUUUCAAUGAAGCUCUUUGCAUGUGGGAGAUGAUUUGGGCUGCUGAUUUUAAUGUCACAUUGACUUGUCUUCUGGAUGAAAAUUGCCCUGAAGUAUUGGCUAUACAGUUAUCUAAGGAAGCAGAAACUGAAUCUGGCGAAGAAAGCACUGAUUGUGGCGGUAAUCCUUCAAAACAUGGAACUGUGGAGCGUUCCAUUUCUGACAACGGAAUUGAAUCACUAGCAGCCAGACCAUUUUGUGGCUUGACAAAAACUUUCUGGUCAAGGAGUGACCAUUUUCAGAUACGUACCCUUGUAUCAUCAACAAAAAAUGGUGACGAUGAAUUGCCUGUUUUCUGUGUAGCAGCUGUUCUUAUUAUAAACCGUCAGAAAAUCAUCAGAGAAACUCGUUCAAUUGACGACCUGAUAAAGAUAUUUAAUGAUAAUAUAUUAAAGAUCAGAGUGAAGAGAUGUGUACGCACUGCCAUCAAACUGCGAAAGAAGUAUUUUUACAAGGUCGUGCGCCUCUUUUGCUGCCUUGUUGGAUUUGAAGCAAAAGCCUUGUCCCUGCUUUCUCUGCCAUCUCUUUCGCUCCGGCACUCGACAGGGAAUAUGGUUUUAUGCGGUGAUUGGCUUCAGAUUUUCGGCCUUUUCGUUUUUUGGCUGCAGAGCUCUGAAGUGGAAAUAUGUGGUUGA